AUGUUCUCAGUAACCCCAGGUGAGGAGAGGCAAGGGAGUUAUGAAGAUGAGCAGUUGACCGUGGCUCAUGCUCUAAAGCGAGUCAGUGCAAUCAACUCCAGAACUAGACCAAAAGACAAAAUCCUGGAGCAAAAACAUAGGCCCUCAUUGGAUCAAAGAAAACAGCUCUCAACGAAAAAAGAAAAGAUCCCUGUUGGUGGGUUGAAGUUCUCCAUCAUUCUGCAGUACCUCCAAGCCUUUGGCUGGCUCUGGGUGUGGCUGACUGUUGUCACUUACUUAGGGCAGAAUUUGGUGAGCAUUGGACAGAAUCUAUGGCUUAGUGCAUGGGCAAAAGAAGCAAAAAACAUGAAUGAGUUCACAGAAUGGAAGCAAAUAAGAAGCAAUAAACUUAAUAUCUAUGGAUUAUUGGGAUUAAUAAAAGGUCUCUUUGUCUGCUCUGGAGCCUACGUAAUCACUAGAGGAUCCCUGGCUGCCUCUCGAACCAUGUAUGUUCAACUGUUGAAUAAUGUACUGCACCUCCCCAUCCAGUUUUUUGAAACAAAUUCCACAGGCCAGAUCAUUAGUCGUUUCACCAAGGACAUAUUUAUAAUUGACAUGCGUUUGCAUUACUAUUUACGGCUGUGGGUGAAUUGUACACUGGAUGUUGUUGGAACAGUUUUGGUCAUUGUGGGAGCUUUGCCCCUCUUCAUUCUGGGGAUUAUUCCCUUAGUGUUCUUCUAUUUCUCUAUACAAAGAUACUAUGUGGCAAGCUCUCGGCAAAUCCGGAGGUUGACAGGAGCGUCCCAUUCUCCUGUCAUUUCCCACUUUAGUGAGACUUUAUCAGGAGUGUCCACCAUCAGAGCAUUUGGACAUGAACAGAGGUUUAUCCAGCAAUACAAAGAUGUGGUGAAUGAAAACUUGGUCUGUUUCUACAAUAAUGUAAUUUCCAACCGGUGGCUCUCUGUUAGACUUGAAUUUCUUGGCAACUUAAUUGUGCUUUUUGCUGCACUGCUUGCUGUCCUGGCUGGCAAUUCUAUAGAUUCAGCAACAGUUGGUUUGUCUGUAUCCUAUGCCCUAAAUAUAACUCAUUCUCUGAAUUUUUGGGUAAAGAAAGCGUGUGAAAUUGAAACCAAUGCAGUUGCUGUUGAAAGAGUUUGUGAAUAUGAAAAUAUGGAUAAAGAGGCACCUUGGAUAAUGUCUAGAAGACCUCCAUUACAAUGGCCCAGUAAAGGUGUAGUGGAAUUUAUUAAUUAUCAGGCUCGAUACCGAGAUGAUCUUGGUUUAGCAUUGCAAGAUAUCACUUUCCAGACUCAUGGGGAAGAGAAGAUUGGAAUUGUGGGCAGGACUGGAGCAGGCAAAUCCACACUAUCAAAUUGCUUAUUUAGAAUUGUGGAGAGAGCAGGAGGCAAAAUUAUUAUUGAUGGAAUUGAUACAUCAACUAUUGGACUUCAUGACCUUCGUGGCAAACUUAAUAUUAUUCCACAGCACCCCAUUUUAUUUUCUGGAACCCUUCAAAUGAACCUGGAUCCCCUAAACAAAUAUUCUGAUAGCAAGCUGUGGGAAGUGCUGGAAUUGUGUCACUUGAAAGAAUUUGUGCAGUCCCUUCCUGAGAAGCUACUGCAUGAGAUUUCAGAGGGUGGUGAGAACCUCAGCAUGGGACAACGGCAGCUCGUCUGUCUAGCUCGUGCUUUGCUUCGAAAAACAAAAAUUCUCGUCUUGGAUGAAGCAACAGCCUCCAUUGACUUUGAGACGGACAAGUUGGUGCAGACCACAAUCAGGAAGGAGUUUUCUGAUUGCACCAUCCUGACCAUUGCUCACAGACUGCAAUCUAUCAUUGAUUCAGACAGGGUGCUUGUUCUAGACUCAGGAAGGAUUGUGGAAUUCGAAGCGCCUCAGAAUUUGAUACAUCAGAAAGGACUUUUCUAUGAAAUGACAACGGACGCUGGAAUAACACAAGACUCAGGGACAAAAAAUAAAUUACUUUAG